AUGUCUUCAGGAUGGUUAGAGGACGGAAUUGCAGGCGGCCAUAUUAAAUCAAUUCCCUAUGAUGAAUUUUCUAAACAUGAAGUUAUUGCAAGAGGUGCAUUUGGUGAAGUGACUAAAGUUUACUGGGGUCAAGGUGAAAAAACAGUUGCAUUAAAAUCAUUAUUUAAAAACCCUUCUUCGGGAAAUGAUAAAUCUUUUGAAGAAUUUACUAACGAGGUUUUUUGUCUUUCACCAAAAAAAGUUUUGAAACCUUCGUCUUCCAGAUAUUUUAUGGUUCUACAAUAUGCAAAUGGUGGAAACUUGAGGGAAUAUUUAAGGAAAAACUUUGAUAGUUUACGUUGGGAGAAAAAAUUUCUUAUGGUAAACGAUGAUAGAUUGAUGAUUACUGACUUUGGUUUAUCUAAAUCAAGUAUCGGUGGUAAUACUUCACUUGCUGUUGGAAUGGCAGCAUACGUAGAACCACAAACUUUUAUCGAUUCAACAAAUAUAUUAGAUAUAGCACGUAGAGUUAUUGAAAAUGAGAAAGAACCUCCUUACCCCGGAACCCCGUCAGAUUAUCAACGUCUUUACGAAGAAGCUUGGGAUAAUGAUCCAAAAAAACGCCCCACUAUUGAUUAUAUUCGUUACGAAUUAGAUAGAAUGUUAGGUAAUCAAUCUUCGGUACCUCCACCGCCAAAAUAUAAUCCUGUGGCUCCAGGAAUUCCUGCGAAACCUCCCAAAAAUGUUCUCAUUGAAUCUAACAAAUCUACAAAUUAUAAUAUUAACAAUGAUACUGAUCUAAAUGAGUUACGAAAUAAAUUUAGUUCAUCAUCAUUAACUAAUCAAAUACCCCCCCAAAAACCGAGUCCAUUGUUCAUACCCAAUGAUGAUUAUAACUCACCUAAUAUACCUCCAAAACCUACUCAUCCUACACAUAAUACCUUUAAUAAUGCACCUGAACAAAUACAUCAAAAUCAAAAUUCAUUCGCUCAUCAAAAUGUUCAAAAUAUUCAAAAUUUACAAAAUCUUCAAAACAUUUCUCAAGGCCCAGUUUCUCCUACCCAACAAUUUAAUAUACCUAAUAAACCUAAUGCACCACCUAAUAUAUCUAAUGUACCUAAUCAGGGUGUAAAUUAUAUUCCAAGAAAUUCAGCCAAUCAGAAUGUAGGAGUAAAUAAUGAAAUGGCACCUCCCAAGAAACCAAAUAAACCAAAAAAUAAUUUUGCUUAUUCCACGCCUUUACUCAAUCAUAAUCAGAAUUCAGGAUUGAACAAUGGAAUAAAUUCUGUUGAUAACAAACAAUUUACUUCCAAUCUUGUAAAUAAUAAUCAGAAUAAUGAUAUUCAUGGGAAUCCAAAUGUUAGCCGACCACCAGGAUUUUCCGUGCCGCUACAGAAUAAUACCAAUAAUAAUGAUAUUCAUGGAAAUCCAAAUAAUGAUACCAAUAAUAAUGAUAUUCAUGGAAAUCCAAAUGUUAGCCGACCACCAGGCUUUUCCGUGCCGCUACAUAAUAAUACCAAUAAUACCAAUAUUACUGGAGGGUUAAAUUAUAAUCAACCACCUAAACAAAAUUUUGUAGGACAAACAACGUUUCAAAACUUUAACCAAGGAAAUCAAUUUCAACAAAAUGCACAAUCGGUGCCUGUUUCAGGGCCACCAUUUUCAUCACAAGUUUCAUCACCGCAACGUGAUCAGAAUUUCAAUAAUUCAAAUACGAAUCCUCAGUAUUUUGUAAAUCGUGAUUUAAAUGGAUCAAAUACAGGUUAUGUGAAUAAUACUGCCCAAGGAAUUCAAAGUAAUUAUAUUCAAAAUCUAAAUCAGUUCCAGCAAAAUUCCCCUUCAUCUACUUCAUCUACUUCAUCUGGUAUCUCAAACCAGAAUAUUCAUAAUAGUCAUCCUUUAAAUAGUGACUCACAAGGUUAUUAUCAAAAAUCUCAAAAAUUAUCUGAUCCCGUGAUGGAAGAUAAUUGUAUAGAAAUCUUGGGACGUUAUACCAAAGAUUAUAGUUCUGAUUACGGUUUUGAAAAUCCCGAGAUAUGCAAUGCUGGGUAUCAUUGUGGUUAUGGUGAUGAUAAAGGAUUAAUCUAUCAUCUUAAUUAUAAAGGUGAUAGAAUUACUGCUAAUUAUAAUUUCAAAGGUUUAUCAGAACCUCUUGUUUUACUUACAUUGAGAAAUUGUAGUGUAAAUAAGAUGUUCGCAAUAUUUAAAUCACUUGAAGAAAGAAAUUCAGAUUUUAAAAUAGUAUCAAAAAAUACUGGAAAAAAUGCAUUUCAUUAUUUAUGGGAAAACAGUGUGAUUACCAGAGGUAUCACUGAAAAAUCUGGAACCGACAAAUUUAUUAAAAAUCUUGACAAGAUUAUGGAAUUCCUGGUAGAUAAAGGGUGUGAUAUUAAUGCAUUAGAUAAGGAUCAUAGAACAAUUUUAUCAUACGUUUUAACUGAACAACAUUCUCAUAAUGAUAUCAUUCCAAUUAUUGAAUUAUUAUUAAAGCAUGGAGCGAAUCCAAAUAUACCAACAUAUUUAAAAGUACCUCAACAAUUUCAUGCUCCUAGCACAUUAUUUUUAGCUGUAAAAUUUUGUUGGCCUGUCAAAGUAUUGGAUUUAUUAAAUGAUAAUAAUGCUAAUGGAGACCUAGAAAAUGAAGGAGGUCAAAAUUUAUUAUUAUUAACUGUGAUCGAUGAAAAAAAGCAGCCAGAUUCAAUGCGUUGGGUACUAAAUCAUAUUCAUUCUGCAAGUGAUCAUAAAAGUCUUUCAGCAAUAAAGAAGCAUAUUCAACGUUUUAAAAAAUCCGGUAAACACGACGAAGGUCGCAGUGAAGCAAGAAAGGUAUUGAGUGAAUGGAAAGGAAGUUCGGGAAGAAGCAAUAAAGAAUUACUCCGUGAAAAUAUCCAACUCAAAAAAGGAAAAAAAAAAGGUGAUUCUUUAAGUAAAAAUAAAAGAAUCAGGACUAUUUAA